AUGGGGAACCACCAAGGUGAUGACAAUGGCAGAGGAUUGCAUGGUGGUAGGCAAGACGGUCGACCAGGCGUUGGAGCAGGAACGAUAGAAGAGGAAUCACUACUCCAAGAAGGGGAACCACCAGACGAUGAUGACGUCGACAAAGUUCCAGAUCCAGUUGAACAGCCAAAUUCAACGACAUUAGGUGACGUUUCCGGUGAUUUCAUUCCACCACAUCAGAAGAAGAGUUCCUCAGCCCUCUUUAUGAGCCAUGCCCACAUCCUCAUUAUCAACGAUACCUUACCAGAUGUUUGUGUCAGAUUCUAUUCUACAGCAACACUCACCACAUUGCUUAGCACAACAACAACAAUAACGCCCACAGUGGAACAAUUGACAAAAAUGACAAAGAAACUAACAACAAUGCGGAAAAAGAAAACUACAAAACCAGCAGGCGUGAAACUAAUAGAUUUGAUAGAAUUAAUAAACUCUUUGGAUGAAACUGUCAGAUAUGGAGUAUUCGCUGGGGGGAUCCUUGUACUUCUUAUUUUAUUGUUCUGCGUAUACAAACUAUGCUGUCAGAUAGGAACUGAAAUUACACCCGAGGAAACGGGGAUUGAAGUGUCGACACAAAUGAAAAGGAAAAGGAAGCGGAUUUGGAGACGAGCACGCUCCGAUUCGGCUUCCUCUCCUGGAUACAGAACCACCCGAUCAAAAGAGGAGAGUAAAGAAAAAAAGAAGAGUUCAGAGAGCAGAGAAGAUGGAAAAGUUAGCAGCUCUGAGACAAGAGAGCGUCGGCACGUCGACGUUCGUCAAAGGCGUAGCGCUGAAAGCGAAGAAUUAGAUCUGUAUAACUACAAAGUGAGAACAACUCAAGACACAGAGACUGUCACCGGAGGUGGACCUCCUCCGCAAGCAUCGCCCGCCCAGAAAAAAAAUCGCGGCGGUGGACGUGUACAACGAGAAAUCAAAAAGCUUCUUCGUAAAUCACGGGAGGAAUUACCAGUUGGGAAAAUGCACAGAGACGAGACAGCAAGUAAUAUUUUGAACAUGAUGGGAAAUGUGCCACAAGCAGCAGCGCAACCUCUCGCUCCUCCACCUCCACCUCCACCUAUCAGUCCUGCACAAAGCAGUGCUACUCCCGGCUAUGAAGAGGCUAGUCCUGCGGGGAAUCUUCCAGGAGCGGCUGCUUAUGGAAUUCAGCCAAUGUGGUGA